ACUAUGCGAAGACCUUGCCGUGGAGUUAUAUUGCCAUUACGCACUAUUACGCACUGAUAGAUUCGUCAAGGAAAGCUCAGAGGAGCGGAUUUUUUGAUUCCUCGCAUAUACAGGAGGAAGAAAAAGUCUGACCUCAACAUUCAGCCGAUCUCGAUCAGAGCAGCUUGAUCUUCAGAGCAGAGCAGAGUUUAGCUGUCAUUCAUCCGCACAGGAAUGGUGGAUCACUUGCCACUUGGUGAGGAGACCUUCCUGUAUUAUACCGGCUCCCCAGAGUCUGAACAUAACUGUCUCUGUUGCCACACCAAUGGUGGCCUGUCACCGGGUAUUAUGGUAACUGAUGCAUGCAUCUACGAUCACCACCACCACCUCUACCGAGGGGUGAAGCUCUCCUCACCAUCUUGUCUUUCUGAGGAUGACCUCAGCGACUCCUCCAGCCCUCGUUCCUCCCUCUGCUCCAGCCCCGAGUCCUUGUCGCCAACGUCGCGCCACAUUCUUGGCUCCAGCUAUGAAAGCAGUAGCAGCAGGAACUAUAGCUCUUCUGGAGGAGAGGGUCAAGACAGUCUGCUGGACCUUGUCCUCCCACAGGCCUCCAUCACCACCUCAUUAAGCUCUAAUGCCAGCAGCAGCUCUCAGUCUUCUCCUCUAUCUUCAUCUUUAUCCUUAGCCUCCCCACCAACCUCUUCCUUCCCAUCUGCCCCUCUUUUACCCAUGGGCCUGGCCUGGGAGUCCAAGAGGGAACAACGGCUGAGUCUCCUCCAUCAGCAGGCCAAAGAGGACUGUUACGAAUUCCCCGUCCUCCUGGAUGAGCUGCAGGACCCUGCAGCACUCCUCUUUCAGCCCACCCUGGAGGAGAUUGAGGAAUUUCUAGAGGAAAACAUGGUGGUGGCAAUGGAGAAGGAAGAGGAAGGGAGCGAUGAAGCAAUGUCACCAACCUCAAAGUAUGCUGAGGCACAAAGUUCAAGGUCCUUAGCAGAAAAAUGUGCAUCACUAUCAGACAUCUCAGAUCAGACUGUGCCUGUGGCUCAUUCUCCACUGUCCCCCUGCUCAGAGACCAAACCUGCAUCAUGUGCAUCUGACAUGGACUGCUCACCAUCAACAGUGGAUUCUAGCUGUAUAACUAGUUCUGCUUCGACUAGUUAUGGAGCUGAUGGCAUUAAACUGGAGGACUGUGGGUCACCUUCAGCCUCAUCAGAAGGUACCAGUGUUUCCUCCAGUGUGCCGGUCAUCCUACACAUCCAGCCCAUACAGAUCAAACAAGAACCCAGCCCCAGUGCCAUAUCAGAUGCUGCCAUCCAGCAAAGUCAACCCCAGCAAACCCAAUCCCAAAUAACCCAGGCCACAUCAGACAUUAAAAUUGCGCAGCUCCUGGUCAAUAUCCAGGGGCAAACCUUUGCCUUGGUGCCUCAGCUGCUUUCCCCAGCAAACAUUAGUAGCUUGAGCAAAACCGGAACCACCACUUCUUCCAGAUUUGUCCGGAUUGCACCGGUGCCCAUUGCAGCUAAGCCGAUUGGGCUUGGCGAAUGUAGAGGUUCAACAGCAGGGAUUCUCACGGGAGGUCAGAGGUACCAGAAGAGUGCGGUAGCAGAUCUUAUUAAAAUGCACAAGUGCUCUUUUCCUGGCUGUAAUAAAAUGUACACCAAGAGUAGCCACCUUAAAGCCCAUCUAAGGAGGCACACGGGGGAAAAGCCCUUUGCCUGUACAUGGCCAGGCUGUGGAUGGAGGUUCUCCCGGUCAGAUGAGCUGUCCCGACAUCGUCGAUCCCACUCCGGAGUAAAACCAUACCAGUGCAUUGUGUGUGAGAAGAAGUUUGCCCGCAGUGAUCACCUGUCGAAACACCUCAAAGUCCACCGCUUUCCAAGAAGCAGCAGGAUGGGGCGCUCUGCAAACUGACCCCUCUGACUCACUCUGACAGACUGACGGUAGCAGAUAGAGGAGGAGGGCUGUGGGUGUGUGUGUGUGUGUGUGUGUGUGUGUGUGAGUGAGCGUGUGUGCAAGACAAAAGGCCGAGGGAAGGGGUGAAGGUCCAAACACCCUUUAAAUGAGUUUGCUCAGUACUCUUUAUGCUCUUGUAUGUGUUUAUGUUCAAAUAUGUACGUGAUGUGCAUUGACGGUACUGUGAUAAUUUAUUGGGUGGUGAGGAAAAGACAGAAAGUGGUUACUUGACAUAACACCGUCACAGGUGGAAUAAGCUUCUUGUAUAUUGCAAAGUUUAUUUGUUUCACUUUAGUUAAUCUAAUUUGAAGAAAGAUUUGCUAUUCAGACUAUUUUUACAUUUUAAGGUGCGUUAUUGAAAAUGCUCGAGUCAAAAGCCUUAUACCAAAACAGGUUGGCAUACUCAGGGGUCUGCUACUGUUUAGACCCCCCAGUUGUUUCUCUUCCCAGAGCCAAAUGUUUUGAAGUAUUAUUAGCAAAGACCCAUCACUUAAUGCUUGAAUUUAAUUUGUUGCCAGCAGUGAGAGCUUACUGGAAGAACUGGGAAGUACUGGAGCCUCUUGAUGGCAGAGUAAAUGAUGCAUCAACAUUCCUUUACUCUUGAAUCAGUCUCUUUGUUGCUUUUGAGUGUUGCUGCAGAAAAACACCUCAAACACAUGAAGAAGGUUCAGCUUGAUUUACCGCUCACCAAGAAAGACCGUGGCACUAUGUAAUAUGCCCUGGCCCACAUGAAACAUCUGGUUUCUUUCCUUAAUGAUUAUUUCAAGUAUUUUUUUGUAGUUGUAUUAUGGCCUCACUUGACUGCUUGUUCUAUAAUGCCUUUUGGGAUCAUUUGGUUAAAAGGCUUUAUCAGAAGAGUUAGCAUUUUUACAGCCAUCUUGGAGCAAAACAAAUUGGGGUGCAGUGAUUAUCUGCAAAAUGCUUGAAUCCGAAGUUGAAAACAAAUCAAAUCAAAUCAAAUUUUAUUUGUAUAGCGCCAAAUUACAACAAAAGUCAU